AUGACCGAAAGAAGACACGUUCAUCAAAGAAAUGAUUUACUUAUUGCUAAAAAACCUGAAGAACCACUUCCAUCAUUAGAGGUUACAUCAUUAGGAGAAUGUAAAUACGAAAAUACAUAUGCAUCUCCUGAGCCUUUUGUUAAUGGAAUGAAAAUGUCUAUGUCUGCUAUUAAAAUUGAUGGAAUACCUGUUAAUGAGUGUGAAGUAGAUUUAGCAGGACCAAUGGAAAAAAUAUUCUUUAUCCCAGAAAGAACCAAAGUUGGAAUAGUAACAUGUGGAGGAUUGUGUCCAGGAUUAAAUAAUGUUAUUAGAGGCUUAGUUAUGAACCUUCAAAAUAGAUAUGGGGUUAAACAAAUUUAUGGUUUAAAAUAUGGUUAUGAAGGACUUGUUCCUGAAUUAUCUGAACAAAUAAAAUUAGACACCCUUACAGUUAGUGAUAUUCAUCAAAGAGGUGGAACUAUUUUAGGUACUUCAAGAGGAGCUCAAGACCCUAAAGUUAUGGCACAAUUUCUUAUUGAUAAUAAUUUUAAUAUUCUUUUCACAUUAGGAGGAGAUGGCACAUUAAGGGGUGCUAAUAGAAUUAAUAAAGAAUUAAGAAGAAGAGGUAGUCCUAUUGCAGUUGUUGGUAUUCCUAAAACUAUUGAUAAUGAUAUUUGUUAUACAGAUUCUACUUUUGGAUUUGAUACUGCUGUAGAAUUAGCACAAGAAGCAAUUAAUUCAGUUCAUUAUGAAGCUAAAUCAGCAAAGAAUGGAAUUGGAAUAGUUAAAUUAAUGGGUAGAGAUGCAGGAUUUAUUGCAUUAUAUGCAUCUGUUGCAUCAGGAGAUGUAAAUUUAGUAUUAAUUCCAGAAGUUGAUACUCCAAUUGAAGAGAUUCUUAGAAUGACAGAAAGAAGAUUAAUGUCAAAAGGACAUAUAGUAAUUGUUAUUGCUGAAGGAGCAUGUCAAAACCUUAAACCAAAAGAUCUUGAUCUUGGUAGUGAUAAGUCAGGAAAUAUUGUUCAUUGGGAUGCUGUUACGUAUAUUAGACAAGAAAUAGACAAAUAUUUAGAGAAUAAAAAAAUAGAACAUACUAUUAAAUUUGUUGAUCCAUCUUAUAUGAUUCGUUCUGCACCUUGUAGUGCUGCUGAUGCACAUUUCUGUUUAUGUUUAGCUAAUGCAGCAGUUCAUGUUGCUAUGGCAGGAAAAACAGGAUUAGUUAUUUGUCAUCACCAUAAUAACUUUGUUUCAAUACCAAUUGAAAGGGCAUGUUAUUAUUUAAAAAGAGUAAAUCCUGAAGGGCCAAUGUUAUCAAUGAUGAAAUCGAUUGAAAUGGUAGAAUAA